CGUUUAAAUUUUGGCAAUGCAUCGUGCGUUUGCAGCUGGCGCAUUUUGUUUAUAAAAUAAGAAGGUAAUCGUUUAAUGAAAUAUGUCGAAUGAUAAGCGCACUGUGUAUGUGGGUGGUUUAACCGAUGAGGUAACGGAAAGGCUAUUGAACAAUGCAUUUAUACCAUUCGGCGACAUUGCGGAUAUACAAAUGCCGGUCGACUACGAGUCACAAAAGCAUCGAGGAUUUGCUUUUAUUGAGUACGAGAACUAUGAAGAUGCCGCCUCUGCCAUUUACAAUAUGAACGACUCAGAACUAUGUGGACGCACGAUUCGCGUAAAUCUAGCAAAGCCUGUGCGUGUCAAGGAAGACAGCUUUAAGCCGGUUUGGGCGGAUGAUGACUGGCUACAGAAGCAUGCAGGCGCCACAUUGCCAACCGAUGGCGAGCCUGAAGCAGACAAGGACAAGGUGGAGACACCAUCGACGGGUCCGGCCGUAAUUGAAAAGUCUGAGAAGCGAAAUCCACAGGUGUUCUUUGACAUACGAAUUGGUGGCAACGAUGCCGGACGCAUUGUGAUGCUGCUGCGAGCAGAUGUUGUUCCCAAGACCGCAGAGAACUUCCGCCAGCUCUGCACGCAUGAACAGGGCUAUGGAUACAAGGGCUGCACCUUCCACCGUAUCAUUCCAGAAUUCAUGUGCCAAGGCGGAGAUUUUACCAAUAACAAUGGUACCGGUGGCAAAUCCAUUUACGGCAAGAAGUUUGACGAUGAGAACUUUAGCUUGAAACACAACAGUUUCGGCACUCUAUCCAUGGCGAAUUCUGGUCCAAAUACAAAUGGAUCGCAGUUUUUUAUAUGCACAACAAAAACAGACUGGCUGGAUAACAAGCACGUGGUCUUUGGACAUGUCAUCAGUGGAGCGGAUGUUGUGCGCAAGAUGGAACGCUGCGGCAAUAAAUCUGGAACCCCAUCACAGAAAAUAAUCAUUUAUGCUUGCGGCGAACUGAAAUAAACUUGUGGCACCCAAAGAAA